AUGGUACUCCGACACCUUUCGCUCCUGACAUUGGUCAGCAACAUCGCACUCACGCAUGCCGGCGGACAUGCCGUUGCCAAUGGGCCAGGAUAUGGUCGAUCAAGUCGUACCACGACAUCGCCGACGCUUUAUUCCCCAUCCGCCAAGCGAACCACAUCUCCCGCACAAUGUCAAACGACGGUCACCGUCACCAAGUCGAAGACUGUCACCCCGGUCCACUCAAUUGCAUAUUCAAUCAAUGUAGCAAGCGAUGGCUCCUCUGUCGGAUUUGAGGUUGCUUAUAAUUAUCAAGUCGCUCGGUCGACGGUGUAUCCGUACACAACGACGGUGACCGCGGCCGCAAUGACCACUGUGACCGACACAACGACUUCAUAUCUCGCUACGGAAGUGAUUGAGACUGCUACCAUUACAGUCCCUACCCCAUCUGGCUGGGUCCCCAUCCAGGGUAGCCUCCCGAACGCGACCCGCCCAGCUCCCGGUGAAAUGACUACGACAACAACGGAGACCUUCGAUCCCAACAAUUUGAAACGUCAAGUCUCCACCUGCGAAAUUGUGACAAGCACCGUCUUCUCGAUCUCAACUCUGCCCGCCACGACCAUCACACCCCCAAGGACGCCCACGGGGAACCUAUACUCCUUCGAGACGCCGGUCACCUGCCUAGACGCGCACGAUCUCUCCAAGAUCUUCAGCGCCCUCGCUCAUCCCACGACGAUCACCGCCACAACGCCAUCCACAUUGACCUCAUUCCUCGCUGAGGCAACCACAACCCAGACCACCGUGAUCCAGUCCACGCAGACCCUGUACACCGACAAAUACAUCUACGACGCCUGCCGCGACCCCGCCAACUUCGCCGACCGGAUCACGGACGGCCCGGGGCCGCAGGACUACGUGCAAAUCACCAUCUCCAAGCCCGUGCGGGGCCUCGAGUUCGCGCGACUGGCCUACCCGUACGGGAAGGAAGGCUGCUGCGCGGCGGCGCAGGCGCUCCCGGGAGCGGCCUACUGGGUCUCCUACUACAGCGAGUGUUACGUGAAACUGAUCGAUGCGGAGAGCAGCUGCGUCCCCUCCGCGAAUAACUUCACGAUCGAUUACCUGCACUUGGACGAUUGGCCCGAGAAGUACUGGGCUGGAAAUGGGCCGUGUGGGGGGCUCACGGAUAAGAAGUUGUCUCCAAGUGCGGGGCUGGGGACUGGAUAG